AUGGCGGAGGUGACCUACCUUCAAAUCCACGACCUUGAAGAGAACCCACCCUUCGAAUCCCUCCCCUAUUGGUCCUCCAACGACUUCGACCUCUACAUCGCCUCCGAUCCCGAUUUCCCGCCGGCCCACUUCGUCUCCGUCCACCAAGACCGCGACUUUGACGCCGAGUACGACAACGACGACGACGACAUCUUCACCCAGUACCACCGCGCCGAGCACCACAUCGACGACGACGUCGUUUCGGAGCUCAACUCCAUUUCCAACCCCGACCGCGAGAAUCAGGUCAGUUUCGUCAUGGAUCUGUUCCAGCAGCGCGUCGAGCAGUCUCAGGUAACCCCCCGCUCCGUUUUGGUUUCCGGCGACGGCUCCGAUUUCGGGGUUGUGGAGGGGAAUUGUGACAUGGAUGAUGGGGUUGAUCUUGAUUUGAGCUUAGGGUUAGGGUUAGGGUUAGAAUUUAGGAACUGUUUUGAUGGGGAUGGUGUUGUUGAUGAUGUUCCUGAUGACGAAGAUGACUACUUUGUGGGGAGGAGGGUUUCCGGUGAGCCUACGUCAUCUGUAGGGAGGGUGGAGCCGUUUGAGAAUUGCGUGGGGCUUGUUGGAUUUGAAUCCGAGAGCGAUGAGGAUGAGAACGGUGUGAUUGGGCUUGAUUUGCAUUCGCAGGGGGAGUAUGGGGAGGAACAUGUUCAUGGUGGUGAUUACGAUGACGAGACCGGGGUUGCUCUGUGCUGGGAUUCGCUUCGAUUGGAGGAGCAGAGGGAGAGUAAUGAGGAGUUUGAGUGGGAGGAAGUUGAUGGCAGGGUGGAUGAGGUUUUCGGGAUGUUUGUUGAUCCUGAUAAUGAGGAGGAGAAUGGUCCUGUUGCGCUAUCGGCGGCAUUAGCUGUUCCAGAGGAGGAAGGGAGUGUGGAGAGGGUUGAGGCUUUGGGGAAUUUGGAAUGGGAAGUUUUGUUGAAUUCCAGCAAUUGGGAGCCGAAUCCGGAGCUGGACCAUGAUGCUGAGCAUUUCCCUGGUGAUCAUGAUGACUACAUCUACACCGCUGAGUAUGAUAUGUUGUUUGGGCAGUUUUCUGAGAAUGAGACUGCGGUGAUGGGCAGGCCUCCGGCUGCUAAGUCUGUUGUCGAGACUCUUUCCUCGGUGGUUGUGACUCAGGAGGAUGUGGAGAAGGGGAAUGCGCUCUGUGCUGUUUGCAAGGAUGAUAUUACUCUCGGGGAACAAGGAAAGAAAUUACCUUGUGCACAUAGGUACCAUGGCGAUUGCAUUGUGCCAUGGCUGCGCAUUAGGAAUACAUGUCCAGUUUGUCGAUAUGAGCUGCCUACCGAUGAUGCUGCUUAUGAGCGCAGGAGGAGCCAGAGGACUGCUAAUGGUCUAAACUUUCCACAGAUAUGA